CUAAUAAAGUGUGUGUUUCUCUCCACAGUAGAUGUGACUCUAGAUCCUGAUACAGCACAUCCUAAACUCAUCCUGUCUGAAGACAGGAAACAAGUUAGAUGUGGAGACAUAUGGCAGCAUCUCCCUGACAACCCAGAGAGGUUUGAUAUCUCUGUCUGUGUCCUGGGAAAGGAGGGCUUCUCCUCAGGGGGAUUCUACCAUGAGGUGCAGGUGAAGGAGAAGACUGGCUGGUCUUUAGGAGUGGCCAGAGAGUCCAUCAACAGAAAAGGGACGAUUUACCUGAACCCUGAGGAUGGAUACUGGACUGUGAUGCUGAGGAAUGGAGACUACUGGGCUGGUGCUGUCCCCCCUGUCCCCCUCUACCUGAAAGAGAAGCCCCAGAAGGUGGGGGUGUUUGUGCAUUAUGAGGAGGGUCAGGUCUCCUUCUACAAUAUAGAGGCCAGGUCUCAUACCUACUCUUUCACUGGCUGUACCUUCACUGAGAAACUCUAUCCAUUCUUCAGCCCUGGUAAUAAUUACACUGGUAGAAACUCAUCCCCACUGGUCAUCACUCCUGUAGAUGUCACUGACUGACUGGUUUAUACCAAACAUUGAAAUAAUGUUAGCAUAAAUUCUAAUGUAAUAGCCACCAGAUACCGGUAAUAUUAGAUCAUAUUUCCUUGUGUAAUAUUUAAAAAAUCUGCAGAUAAUGUAUUCGUUUUUUGUAGAUAAUGUCAUAAUUUGCAAGUAAUAACAUUAACAUACCAAAUAUUUGUUUUACUUUUGUAUAAUUAAUGAGAUAGUAUGUCCGCUGUAUUGCUUGGUUAGACAGCAAUGGACAUAAAUGGUCUGUUGGUUUGUUUAGUAAGAGUGUUAUAUAUGCAGUCUAUAUCAGGAGGAGUAGCUCUUGUAUAUUAAUCAGUGUUGACUGUUGAACCCAUCUGUAGGUCAGUAUGGAAGGGAACAGGACGUACAGGAGGGACUUCUGAUGUUUAGUGUUUCCUGAGGAAGUUCAGUGUGUUUUGUUCUGGUGUUGUUGAUGUGAUUCUAUAAUCACACACCAGUGCUGUACCUCCCUCUAGUGGCUGGUGUCUGCACCACAUCUGUCUGCUAAUCCUGUUUGAUCAACAUGUGUGAUAAUAGAAACGCUCCAUAGAUCAUGAUGUGUUGAAGGCUCUGUGUCUGCUUCAUAAAACUCUGGGAUGCAGGUUGAAGUCUUCUCUGUAGUUGGAGGAUAUUCAGGGGACAUUGAUUUGUCAUAUAGUCUAUGUAUGUACUGUCCUUUAUAUGACUGACCCAGAUAUGUUGUCUAUACUCUCUGUGUAAACAUUAUAUUGUGGGGAGAGUUUAUACAAAGCUUUACUCACCAAGUAUAACAUUUUAAUGAUGAUGACAUGGUAGAGAUGUUAUUUUGUCGCAGUAAAAACUCAUCACCACCAUCUAGUUGGUGCUUUGAUUUCUUUUAGGAAUUUAAACAACAAUUGACAAUAAAGCAACAACAGCUGGUUUUCUGUAUUUCAUACAUGCAGUGAAAUGUUUUAUGGUUUUAGUAAAGAUGAUGGAUGAUCUAA